AUGACAUUUCAGGCUAGUGCCUACGUUCUGUAUAAAGGGAGGGGCUCUGAGCCUUUGGAUACGAGGAUUCCACAGGACUCCAGCAACAAGACCAGUUUCCUCAUUGAAGCCACGACCCCAUCCCACGCAGGGCUGUACCAGUGUGCGUAUUACAGCACUGAGGACAUACUGUCAGAGCUGAGUGACCCCCUGCUCCUGGUGGUGACAGGAGUGGGCGAUGCACCCUCCCUCUCAGCCCAGCCAAGCCCUGUGGUGGCCUCAGGAAAGACCCUGUCCCUCUCCUGUAGCUCUAACCUCACAUCGGGCCGUUUCCAUCUGCUGAAGGAGGGAGGGGCUGACCCAUCCGGACACAUGGAAGCAGAACCCAGGACCUAUGAUGGGAGAUGGAGGGCCAUCUUCCCUCUGGGCCCCGUGAGCCCCUCCCAUGGGGGGACCUACAGAUGCUAUGGUUCUUCCAGCUCCUACCCCAACGUGUGGUCACAGCCCAGUGCCCCUCUGCACAUCGAUGUCACAGGAGCCCCUGACACCACACCCUCCUCCAUGGACCCUGGGUCCUCAGCUGUUGAGAAGGCGGGAUCUCUCAGCUACUACACAGUGGAGAAUCUCAUCCGGAUGGGCGUGGCUGGCUUGGUCCUGGUGGUCCUCGGGGUGCUGCUAUUUCAGGCUCGAAAUGACACCAGAAGGACCCACGAUGCAGCCAGGAUGUGA